CCUUCAGUUGGUUGCUGACUCUAGAGUAGAGAACCAACAUGAACCCUGCUCUCCCCUCUAUAUUUAUCCUUCUCCUAGGGCAGGUUGCAGGACAGAAUGAAACCUUCCAGAAGGAGGCAGAACCUCCCCUGAACUGCUCAAACAAUGAUCGUGCAAGACAAGGGGAUAAAGUGAUUAUGGAGUAUAUUGGUCUUCUAUCCAAUGGAACCCAGUUCGAUAGCGGUCAGUCGGAGUUCGUGAUCGGUGAGAAGAACGUAAUUCCUGGGUUAGAGCAGGGUAUGGAGGGAGGUUGUGCUGGAGAGAAGAUUAAUAUUAUAGUUCCUCCAGAGUACGGAUACGGAGAUAGUCCUUCCGACAAGGUUCCCCCCGGUUCAACUCUUUACUUCCUCACAAGUCUGAAUGGAAUCGUCCGAACCAUUAAACCUGCAUCAGGUGGAAGCUGUAAUGAAGGACAGAAGGCCAGACCUAAUAUUGAUGUAACUAUGGAUAUUGAGGGUAGAGUUAUCCAACCUGAUGGAAAAGGAAAUGUUUUCAUUGACACUCCGUCCUUGGAGAUCAGAUUCGGAAACCCCAAAGCAAUCAGGUUUGUUCGAGGACUGGAGUCUGGGUUGACCGGAGCUUGUGUAGAUGAAGAGAGAACCCUGCUCCUGGGACCCAACCUGGCAUACGGAGAACAAGGGAAAAGUGACGGGAAAGUGAAGGGUGGAGAGAGUGUAAAGAUAGAUGUUAGGAUUGUCCGAGUCCGGGAUAAGAAACCUGAGGAUCAAGGACUUGUCUUAGCUUUCCUAGACACUAUAGCUGACGGAAACCUGAAAGGAUUUUCAGGAUAAAUCUUCUGUAAACUCAAACAUGUUCAAAUUUUGCUAAAAAAUAAAUUAUUCACUGAAACGUG